UGACAAUCUGGCAGAAUCAAACAGGGUGUCCCGCUUGAUCCUGUGUCCCUUAAAGGGAUGACCAAAAGCUGAUUCAAUGUCAGAGACUGCAGCUUCAACUACUGUUACUGGAACAAUAAAUGAAAUCAUAGUGCAGGUACCAGUCCAAUCAGGAGGAAGAGUAUUAAGUAAUCUCUUACCACCACAGUACCAAAACACAUCAGACCUGGCAUAGGUCAGACGUGUCGCAUUUUUCCAUGUUGUAAGACUAUGUGUGACAUUACACCAAUCAGGAGAAAUAUCCUAACACUAUACUCUUUUUCUAGGCCUGCCAUCCAGAAUCGCCCUACCUUCAACAAGGAUGUCAUACUGUUACUCCAUCCAGAAUGGGGUGAAGUUUGCAAGCAUAAAACCAGAAGAAGGCUUCAUGAAACUGGCUACAUUUUAAGCUCCUUUGAAAUUAGGAAAAUGUGGGAUUACAAGACAGUCAUUACAGAGAUGAGAGAUGCAUUCAAGGACAAAAUUCCUGAGGAUGUCAGGUAUUGUCAGAAUAUUGAGGCUACCCAGCAUACUGUACAGUAGUUCAGGGAUUCUUUUAGGGAUGCACCGAAAUGAAAAUUCUUGGCCGAAACCAAAAACCGAAAAAGAGGAAACCAAGGCCGAAAACCAAAACACGGAAAAAAAUUAUGCCAAUUAUUAGUACCACCAUUGCAUUUAUGGUCUGACUGUGUACUAACUUUACUAAAAUCUCUAGUACUAAAAUUCUAACUAAAAUGUUUAACUUGACCCCACUCAUGUGUACAUUAAAUAAUAAUGUACAGGCCUACUGGCCUGCUGAAAGGUUGCAAAAUUAAAUGUUCUCUCAUAAAAACAAAGUGCAUUUUAAAUUUUCUCUUGUAGUAACAAGAAAGUGCAUUCAGAACAAGUGCAACUGCUUAAAGAUGCAAUAUUUUCUCUGUAGGCCUUCAACAUAAUAAUGUAUCAAAACAAAUACUGCCAUAGCCCAUGUUAACUGUAGAACUUUAACAACAACAAAUGCACCAAGAAUUGCAGAUGUGCAAAGUGGAUAAUAAAUAUAAGCUCAUUUUACUUCUUGAGGUAAAGUGGCAGGUUUUUCUUGAUGAACAGUAACUUCUCUGCUUUAUUACAGUGAAGUCUGUUCCUCUUCUCAUUGAGAACAUGAGGUGCUGCACGACAGAGAAUGGCUGAUCAUUUAAGGCAAUGAAUUCCAUAAUCUUUUGUGUAAUGCCAUUUGCCUUGACAUCAUCACUGGGAAACUUCCUUGCUUUUUCAAAAACGUCCGCCACAGACGGAGUGGGCGUGCUCGGAGGCAUUUUCCUUUUCUGUGCCGCGUUCCUCUCAUAUUCAGCAUAGCGAUCAGAAUGUUUGGAUUUUAGGUGAUAAACCCGACAUGGAGAAAGUCUUUGCAGAUACACCCCCUCUUGAAAUUUCGCCAUUACAUGUUUUGCAAAUCGCUGUCUGUGGGUCUUUCUCAGAUAUACUGAAAUAUGUCCACACAGCAGACAUGUUACCUCAGACAAGCAUGUGCAGGUCGCGGUUUGUUUGCGUCAUCACAACACUUUGGCCGUAUUGUUUCGGCGAUAAAAUUUUUAUUUGCCCUUUUUUUUUCAGCAUUUAACUUUUAAUGCCUUGUGGAAACAAACUGGUGUGGCUUUAUGAUUCAUAAAGUUUUCAAAUCAAAGGUGGUAUACAUUAGGCCAUCAAGCAUUCUUCCAGUUCUGAUUGACAGCACAGAUUCAGAGGACAGCUGUGCAGAGUGUGAAUCUACAUCAAAUUCCAGUCACCACAUUGCCAAUCAGACAAGUGACUAUAUGAUUCCAAGGGCCAGGGGAAGCCAACUUGCAUCAACACAACAGGUUUCCACUUGUCCAUUUACAAGAAGGGCCAGAGCGAACCAGCCUGCUGCAUCUCAGCAAGUGCCCCGUGAUGGCAUGCCUAGAGCGAACCAGCGUGCUGCAUCCCAGCAAUUGCCCCGUGACGCCACAUCUACAGUGAACCAGCCUGCUGCAUCCCAGCUAGCACCCCGUGACACCACGUCUACAGCAAACCAGCUCACUGCGCCCUGUGAUAUCACGUCUGCAGCGAACCAGCCCGCUGCAUCCCAGCAAGCAAUCUGUGAUGUCACGUCUACAGCAAACCAGCCCUCUGCACCCCAGCAAGUGCCCCGUGAUGCCAUGUUUAGAGUGAACCAGCCUGCUGCAUUCCAGGAGCUACCUGACAUGGAUGGUCUUACCACAGGGAACCAGACUCCAUCAGCCAGUAAUGAUGACUAUGCUGUCUACCUUUCCAUCAUGGGUUCCAUCUCAGACCUUUCUUCCGAUGAUGAGGAAUUAAACCAGGCUAUAAUGGCCAUUCUUGAGAGUCAUGGGGUAUCUGAAUGCCUAGACACUAAAUCAGCACAGGAGGUGCUUCUCAGUCUAGCAGCCCAAAUUGACAGUAACAAGAGAUGCAGGUUCAACAUCAAUCGUUCUUCAGUUCUGGAUGGUGCCUUGCGGGCCUUCAAACGAUUGUCCUACAAUCCCAAGUCCCAGAUGUGCAUCAAGUUUUCUGAUGACUUGGGAGUGGAUGAAGAGGCCGUGGACCUUGGUGGCCCUAGGAGAGAGUUUUUACGAUUGCUUAUGGAAGCCCUGAUGGUAUCACCAAUGUUUGAAGGAAGGGACGGAAAACUGAAUUUGGCUCUGGACAGUACUGCUUUAAGAGACGAUCGGUAUUUCAUUGCUGGCCAAGCCAUUGCUGUAAGCCUUGUUCAUGGUGGUCCUGCACCAGGUUUCUUUGCACCAACACUGUAUUCUUGUCUGAUUGGUGGCAAGUCCUCAGUAAACCCUGUCUUAGAAGACAUUGCUGACACCGACCUGUAUGAAAAGGUUCAAAAGGUAAGUAUAGUGGAAUAUGAAUAUUUUAAGUGCAUAUUCAGGGAGGGGCUGAAGACCCUUGGUGUUCUGGAUGCAAUCCAAAGGCAUCCAGACAGUUUUAGACCCUUAAUGUGCCAUGAACCAUCCCCACUCACUGCUGACAUGAUUGAUCACCUUUUCCACAUCCGGCUGUCUGUAGUGGGAAGCAACAAGAGAAGAGCAGAAGAAGUUGUUGUCCCAUUUUGGAGGGAUUACCUACAGGAUGUUGAAGUAGCGAUUAAUUCCUUUCUUCUUAAAUCAAAGCUUGGUAAAAUCCUAGCCUUUGCCACAGGUGCAAGUGUCAUCCCUCCAAUUGGCUUCUCCCCUCAGCCAUCAAUUGAUUUUCUGCAUGAUCAGUCUUUCAGCCCCAAAUGCCAUUUGCCUAUGGCAAACACCUGCAUCAACUGCCUUAAGUUGCCACUGCUUGACACAUAUGAGGAUUUCAAGGAGAGCAUGGACUUUGCAUUACAUAACACUCAGGGAUUUGGUAGACGGUAACUUCAGAAACAUUGUUUGUUUCAAAUCUGUUGUUCAGGAUACUUCAGUUAUACAGGUUGCACUGUGAAAAUGUGAGGUUCUGCUUUUUAUUGUGGAAUAAUUAAGGUACUGAAAAUGCACUUAAAUGUUAUUUGAAAGAACUACUUUAUUGUUUUUCAAAGAGUAACAAACAUGUUUGGCAUUUUACAACCAAUUCAUUUAUCAGCAUUUGAAUUCUUUAAUCAGCUAACUGCAACAGUUAUUACAAGUGUGAGUUCAUUUUUCUUGGUCAAUAUAAAGGCACAGUAGUGCAAAGGAAAUAGUAAUGAGUUUGCUCAAAAAAAAAAAAGUGUGUUAGCAAGUGUUUGUAUUUUCCACAGCGUUGUUAUUCACUAAAAAAAAACUCAAUAGACUUAAAAAUAAAUGUAUGCCAUGGUUACCAUCACUCAUUGGGUCUACUGUCUCUUGAAUAUUGUUCAGAACAGUUUGAUUUAUAUUAAAGUCAUUUACAGGAACAAAUAUAGUUUUCAGUCUCUAACUGAAGAGAGGUCUCAUCUAUAAAUCCAGAGGGUUCGUUUCCUGCAAAAAUAUCAUCAAUUGUCAAGUUACCAGUUCCAGCACUAUUGAGAACACCUCUCUGCCAAAGUUGGAGAGGGGUUUGUCCUCCUUGAGUAGAUAAUCCAUGGUUGUUCCACUGAUUUCGGAAUUCUGCAGCUGCCCUUUGAACUCUUGGUAGGUAGAUAUAGUGAAGACAGAAAAGAUGGAGCUCAUUGGUGGAAUUCAGUAUGCCCUCAUUUUCCAUGAAGGUAAAGAGAUUACUGAAGUGGAUUGAUACAACUCUGUUUAACUCCGCCCACAACCGUUCUAUCCUCUGAUUGUGGACGCUACGUCCAGUAAUGACACUGCAUCUGUUUAAGCCCCUUCUUUCCAGCAUAUAACGGGCAACCCCUAUGUUCUCCAUGCCGUGGUCACAACGUAUUCUUAAGGGAAGGCCAAAGCUUUGUACACCAGUGCAAAAUAGAUCCAAUACACUUGAUGCUCUGUUGUUAUUGAGACACUGCAAGUAUAUAAUGGUCCGGCUAAAGCCAUUAAUGCAUCCAUGACC